AUGCAAGCCUAUGAAAUAAAAGACCUAGGCGAGGCAACGAGGUUUAUAGGCAUUCGAAUCACCCGCGAUAGGGACACGAAAAGGCUAUGGAUCUCCCAGGAUGCCUAUAUUGAGAAAAUUGCGCAUCGAUUCCAUAUAACGCCUUUGAAACCGGUUAAAACACCAUUUCCACCCUCGCCGCUCCCCGCUCCACCUUCGGACUACCAGACUCCCCUAGCUAUGAUCCAUCUCUAUCAGCAGAAGAUAGGAUCAUUGCUUUAUGCCACAAUUAUGACACGGCCUGAUGCCGCAAAAGCCACACAAAUACUUUCGGAAUAUCUCACGAACCCUACUGAAAAGCAUAUGGACGCUGCAGACAAAGCCAUAGCCUAUCUAUACCACACUAGAUAUAAGGCUAUAGGGUAUUCCCCUGUGCAGUCUGAUAGUCCUACCUUUGUGUGUGUAAGCGAUGCAUCCUAUGCAGACAAUAUCGGACGAAAGUCAUCUGAAGGCUAUAUAGCCUACCUAUUCAAUGGUCCGAUAGACUGGAUUGCACGGAAGCAGAAGACGGUGACGAUAUCAACGACAGAAGCCGAAUUGCUUGCUAUUUCAUCAGCUAGUAAGCAUGUGAUGUGGUGGAAACGUCUCUUUAGGUCUAUUGAACUAGACCUAGAUCAGGAAAGGCUUAGUGUCCUUUGUGACAACAAACAGACCGUGGACCUCCUUACUAAGUGGCCGGAAACAUCGAUAUUGCCUGGAUUGAGACCAAUUCUAUGCCUGCGGACGGUCUAA